CUAAUAUAUAACAUGGUUCUGAUAAAUGAUUUUUAUUUGCAUUAUCUGUGUCUUGGGUCAAUUCCUCGGAUAUCAUGUUAGUCGCUGUUGUGACCACAUUACUUUUACUGACUCCAUAGGGUUGAGCUAACUCAUAAAAGCAUAGUUAUAAGCAGAAACUAUUCUUAUAUUAAAAUAAGCUUUAAUACGUAACGUAGAUCCGAUUAACUUUAGGAAAUUUCACUUAGAAUGAUCUUUCAGUACGUAAUUUAGCUUGUGUAUCCAGUAUUUCACAAUGUUAAUGGUUAUUUAACUUCAGAAGGAAUAACUGGUACAAUAGUUGGAGAGUGAUUAUCGCGUCGUAUGAAGCUUUCUCUCGUGCGUUACGGCAGAGUCCCGUUUAGUUAAGUUCAAAAGUGAUUUCAUGUUUUUGCCAGUAUAAUGAACAUUCUCAUGAAGUAUAAAAAUGAAAAUCUAUUAACCUUAAGGAUUACCUUUUUUCUGUGCAUCAUGAUAUUUAUCUUUGCAAAUAAACAGUCAUUUCUUAAACCAAGUGCGUCAGGACAUCGGUUCAAGAAAGUACGUAUAAAUAUACGUGAAUCGAUAAAUUUUCAGGUGAAAGCUGCCAUUAGAUUAGAGAAAUUGAAAUCAAAUAAAAGAAAGCUUCCCGAGAUGCAACUGUGCGUAGUUCAUCCUUUUUUUAUUUUUCUUGCAGAAUAUUACAUGUCUAAUCCAGAUUUGUUUCCAGAUCUACUAUCUGACUCAGUUCUAAAUGCCUUGUCACUUGAGACUUUAGUCAGGCAAGGAGCAGAAGCACGAAUCUAUCGCACUAAGUUGUUCCAUUCAACAUAUACUUUUCCAUGUAUUGUUAAAGAAAGAUUUGUCAAACGGUAUCGUCAUAGUACAUUGGAUGCCACUUUGUCAAUGCAGCGAAUGCGAGCUGAAGUCAGACAGAUGUUGCGUUGUAGAGAAGUAGGAAUAGAUGUCCCUCCAGUCCUUCUAGUUGAUGUUCGACGACGUCGGAUUUGGCUCGGUGAAGUUGGUCCAGAUGCUGUCACACUUCAAGACUGGUUUAAAAACUUAUCUUCUCUAGCAACUGCAUCAGAUUUAUGUGCCAUGGAUAUCCAGGAGAAAACAGCUUCACGAUUGCGAAAUUUAACAACGGCAUUAGGUCGACUACUUGCUCAGCUACAUUCUAACCAUAUAAUACAUGGUGAUUUGACUAUGUCCAAUAUUCUGGUUCAACAGGUAGGUAAUUGUAACAAAGAAUCCGAUUUUCGAAUCGUUCCUAUAGAUUUUGGACUUUCAAGCUCUUCUUCUGGAUUAACCUCACAACGUUUAGCAGAAGAUAAAGCUGUAGAUCUAUAUGUGUUUGAACGGGCCUUAACCUGUGGCCUUGAUCACAAAGCCCUGUCAAAAAUUACCACUGACCACGCCGAUUUAAAUACUCCAGAAUCGCUUCUGAAUUUAAUUAUAAAGUCGUACCGGGAUAAUUAUGUAUCGACAAUACUGGAUGAUCAACAGAUAAAGUCUAAACAUGAUAAUGCAAAAUCAGGUGGUCAUUUGGAAAAACAAGAUCACGAAGUCAAAGAAAUUUUAAACAAAUUGGAGGACGUUCGACUUCGUGGUCGAAAACGUCUGAUGAUCGGUUGAAUCGCACUUUGUGGGUGCGUUAAGUGAUAACUUUCUGCAAAUUAUCAUACAUGUACAUUAUUUGAAUAAUUGUCUUUUAUAAUUUCUGAACCCGUUUGACGACUCUAAUCCAAUUUCUUUUCUUGGAUACAAAGCCAGUAAUGAAAAUAACAUGAUCAGUCAG